AUGCGUGCCUCACCACUUGCUCUGGCUGCUGCCCUGACCGUGGGCGGUGUAAAGGCUGCCCUCAGUGUCGUUCCAGGGGCAACAUGGACUGCCACAAAUACUGGAGAGCACGUCCAAGCUCAUGGCGCAGGUAUCAUCGAGGAAGAUGGUGUCUACUACAUGAUUGGCGAGGAGAAGACAGAUGGUGCUUCAUUCCAAGCAGUCAACUGCUACUCGUCCACCAACUUGGUUGAGUGGAGCUUUCAGGGACGCCUCUUGACUCGAACCGAGGAGGCUGGUGAUCUCGGCCCCAAUCGCAUCAUUGAGCGACCCAAAGUCACCAAGAACGAUGCGACUGGAAAGUACGUCUUGCAUCUCCACAUCGAUUCGUCCGACUACAAGGAUGCCAAAGUCGGCGUCGCAACAGGCGACAGCGUCUGUGGUCAGUAUGAGUACAUUCGAAGCUUCCGCCCGUUCGAUUUCCAGAGCCGCGAUAUUGGCAUCUUCAAGGAUGAUGAUGGCAGCGCGUACCUGUUGAGCGAGGAUCGCGAGUAUGGAACCCGCAUCAUCAAACUCACGGAUGACUACCUCGAUGUUGCCGAGGUAACUUUUGGUUGGGAGUACUUCGCCGAGUCUCCCGCGCUUGUCAAGCGUGACGGCACAUACUUCAUUUUCGGCUCGCACCUCACAGGCUGGAACCCCAAUGACAACGUCUAUAGCUACGCCACGUCUCUCUCUGGACCUUGGUCCAACUGGACGGAAUUCGCACCCGUCGGCUCCAAGACUUACAACAGCCAAGUCAGCUUCGUGCUUCCCCUUGGCACGGACAAGGCCAUCUACAUGGGCGAUAGGUGGCACUCGACAAACCUUGCUGCCAGCACCUACAUCUGGUUGCCUCUUCAGUUUGAUGGUACAACUGUGACUCUCAACUGGCACGAUUCCUGGAACCUUGAUACAGCCGCAGGCACCUGGUCUGAGAGUACAAUCACAAACGAGAUCGAGGGCGAGACUGGCGCACUCUCCAACGGUGCCCGCGUCGUCGAAUGUUCGGAGUGUAGUGGCUCUGCGGCUGCCGGAUAUCUGGGCGGGGACGAAGAUGGUACUGCUACUUUCAACUUCACUGUGGCUGAGGCUGAGCGGGUCACCCUCAUUGUCAACCAUAAGAACGGUGAUACUGCCUCGCGCCAUGCCGCAGUGUCUGUCAACGACGAAGAUCAAUCAGCCGCUUUCCUCGCGACGUCUCAUCUUUCCACCACCGGAAGCAGCGCUAUUCACGUCAACCUCCAGCAGGGUGAAAACUUGAUCACAUUUUCGAAAUCAGAGGGAUGGGGCCCGGAUAUUGACCAACUCGUUGUGCCUAGUGUCUAG